GGUAAAGCUGAACUGAUUGAGUACCCAGCUAAAACGAAACUGGAACGAUUACGACAGGCGGCCGUACCGUUGGCCUAUCAGCCCGAAGUGGAUUCGGAAAGACUGUUCGAGAAUCUAAUCAUGGAUGGAUGGAAUAGGGUGGGCACUUCAUCGUCGCGAAAACCAAAUGGAGACAAACUGACUGAACAAGAUGAUCCCGGAUUGAGUUCCGAUGGGGCAGAGGUUCUCGAACCGCGUGGUCGAUUCUCGACUACCAGCCAAGAAGUGCCUAGCCGCGUGGAUCGAAUACGUCAGCGGUUGAAUCAGAUUAAGUUACCCGAUAUUCGACUCCGGCUUGGUCGGCGGCAAGCAUCCGUCACGACCGCUAACACCCCAGCCACUGCGAAUCUGACAGUGAACAGUGUGCCUAAAACCAACACAGACCGGCUGUCUUCCGCACAAACCCUAGUCCCACACGAUCCCGCCCGGCUAGUACACGAGCAACAACAUCCAUCUGCAGCGCCCGUACAGGCCAAAAGUAACAGCCAAAGCGAAUCGAAUCGAUUAUUGCAGGGACUGACCCGGUUUGUGCAACGGCCUCUUGCUGGUGCCACGCCCUCUGUGGACCACGGACCGAUCGAACCGGCCUCGUGUGACAGGCACUCUGAUCAGGCUCAAUCCGAUUCAUCGACUUGUUCCGACGAUGGACCGCGAUGCAUCGGAUCCAUGGCCGCUUCACACUCUCCGGAUGAGACGAAAGUGACAAAUAAACCUCCUGAAGCCCCGACUCUGUCGGACUGGAGUCAUAGCGAAAAUGAGUUGGCAACCGGGGAAGAGUCUGACCGUGAUCGGGGCUACGCGGACGAUGAAGAUGAUAGCGAGGACGCUGUGGAUGAAGAGGAAGAGGAGGUGGAGGAGGAUGAGGAGGAGGACGACGAAGAUGAUGACGACGAAGCAGAAAGAGACAAUUCAGACGAUGAUGAACGACUCGUGAUGGUGAAAAAGGCUAAUCUUCCGCCAAGUACCGGGAAACCAUCCAUCACUGUGUCACAAGCAAAGCAGCUGCGUGUGCUACACCAAAGAAGUCUUUCAGAGGUUUACACAAUUCAACCAGUGGAUGAACAAUUACCGAUUGAUGCCGAAACCAGGUUGUCCAAAUUUGGUGACGCAAUGAGUUCCGUAUCGGGCAAGAUAGUACGACUUAACAGAACCAAUCACUCACCUCGUCUGGCCAGAAAGAUUCAGGAUGCACGAGUCGGCAUUGGACCAAAGAAUAUAUAA